CAGCUCGGCAGUGUAGAUCGUCCCGAUGUAAUUCGGAGGUUAACAGUUUUGCGCUCGGCCGCGCCCAGAAGUUUCGCUGCGUGAAACCCGGGGGAAACUACGCACGAAGGCAACCCUCGUCGUGUGUAAGUGUGUGCGCGUGAUGUUGUCCACCUCCGUCGGGAAAGUGCUUUCGCGGCAACCUGAGACUCAGCAGAGUGUUAUGACUGACCGGGCCAAGACGAUGGGGCUGGAAGCUGAGAUGGCUGCUCCACUGCAUCUGCAGCGUUUGGAAAGAAGUUUAAACGUACAGCCUUACUUGCACCAAGUUAAUGAACUGUUUAAGGAUCAAACCAGCGACAAUGACGAUGAAGAAGAUACUUCGGAUGAUGAAUCGGUCGAAUCAGAUGCAGAUCUUGAUGAAUUGAUAUCACUGAAAGAAGAAAAGAGGAAUAAUAAACUUCGCUUGUACAAUUUUGAAAACGUUGGAGAAGAGAGACGUUGGUUGCAAGAUCUAUUGAUGAGCGAUGGAUCUGACAGUUCAUCAGAAGAGUCGAGUUCGGAUAAGUCUAUCACUGAAGAAGAUUUUCAGGACAUGUUAAAAAUCCACGUACUGAGAAAAAAAUGUCAAGCCCGAUUUUAUCAAAAACCAGACAAUAUACAGUAUCAGUAUUAUGGGUCAGGUUUAUUAUCCAACCACGACAGGUUUUUGGAACAUCAGAAGCUUAUAGUUGGAAAUAAAAAGAAGAAAGAAAAGAAACCUGAAAAAAAAGUUGUUAAAAUUAAAAAAGACAAGGCUGUGCACCAUGAGGAUUCUCAUGAAAAUCAGGAUAAUCAACAUUCUGAUAAGUGUAAAGAUAAGAAAGUGUCCCAAGAAGAUCAGUUGGAUGAAUCAGAAAUGGAGUUGGUUAUGAAACAUCAACCUCGCGGACGCAGUAAAAAGAAACAUAAUACAAAAAGUCCAGAAGUUAUGGCGAUGAGAAGAAGAAAAAUUUGGAUGAUGAUGUCGAAAAAAGAGCUUGGUAAAGUUCAGAGAGCUAAAACCAAUAAUCAUAAAGAAAUGCUCAUUAGCUGUAAAAGAGUAGCACAGCAUUGUAUGAAAUAUUGGAGACAAAAAGCUAUGCUGUCCCAAAAAAAUAUGAAGGAAACUAUAUGGAGGCAAAAAAGGUUGACUAGAGAAAUGCAGUCAUACUGGAAGCGUUAUGAUCGCGUUGAAAGAGAAACGAGAAAAAGACUAGAAAAGGAAGCGGAAGAACAGCGAAAAAUGGAUGUUGAAUUGAUCGAAGCAAAGCGGCAGCAGAGGAAAUUAAACUUUUUAAUCACUCAAACCGAAUUGUAUGCACAUUUUAUGUCGCGUAAAAUGGGUAAAGCAUCUCCCGAAGAGCAGUUACGAAUUUUAAAUCAAUUGGACGAGGAAAAAAAUCCUAGAUUAGCUGGAAUGGAUGAUUAUGACAGUGAAGUUAUGAAGCAAAAAGCCAAAAGAAAUGCAAUGGAAGCGUUUGAUCAAGAAAGAGCGAAAACGCGUCAGUUAGAUCCCUCAACAAAUCAAGAAUUACGUUUGAGUGAUACUCCAGAAAAUUCGGAACAUCCGCAGCCAUCUAUUUUUAAAGGAAAUUUGAAAGGAUACCAAUUAAAGGGCAUGAACUGGCUGGCUCAUCUUUACAAUCAGGGUAUCAGCGGAAUUUUGGCCGAUGAAAUGGGUUUGGGGAAAACUGUACAGUCGAUAGCUUUUUUAUGUCACAUUGCUGAAAGAUAUUCUGUUUGGGGUCCAUUUUUGAUAAUAUCGCCCGCAUCAACGUUGCACAAUUGGCAACAGGAAAUGGCCAGAUUCGUUCCUUCAUUCAAAGUUGUACCAUACUGGGGUAAUCCUCAAGAGCGAAAAAUUUUACGACAGUUCUGGGAUACAAAAGAUUUACAUACUAAAGAUGCAUCCUUUCACGUUGUAAUAACCAGUUAUCAGCUCGUGAUUUCCGAUUACAAAUAUUUUAAUAGAAUUAAGUGGCAGUACCUGAUUUUAGACGAAGCACAGGCUAUUAAGAGUACAAGCAGUAUGAGGUGGAAACUUUUGUUGGGGUUUAAUUGUCGAAAUCGAUUAUUACUCAGUGGAACUCCAAUUCAAAACAGUAUGGCUGAAUUGUGGGCGCUUUUGCAUUUUAUAAUGCCUUCUUUAUUUGAUUCCCAUGAUGAAUUUAAUGAAUGGUUUUCCAAAGAUAUUGAAAGUCACGCAGAAAACAAAACGGGCAUAGAUGAAAAACAUCUGUCAAGGCUGCACAUGAUUUUAAAACCUUUUAUGUUGAGGAGAAUAAAAAAGGACGUAGAAAACGAACUGUCGGAUAAGAUUGAAAUUAUGGUGUAUUGUCCUCUUACAACUCGACAAAAGUUACUCUACAAGGCCUUGAAGAAAAAAAUCAGAAUAGAAGACCUACUUCAUUUUUCCGUUGGCGACAGCAUAGUUAAUGAUAAAAAUUUUACUUCGAAUUUAAUGAAUCUAGUCAUGCAGUUUCGAAAAGUCUGCAAUCAUCCAGAACUGUUUGAACGUAGAGAUGCGAAAUCACCCUAUUUUAUGCGAACGCAGUUAUUAGACUUGCCAUCUUUGUUGUACAAAGAUGAUGUACUAUGCUCGUACGUACCGUCCAAAGAACACUUGUUGCGUAAUAAAUUUUUUAUAUUUGCUACUGAAUAUGUUUGUCGAGCUCUGUACGGUGAGGAUAUAGAAUCAAGGGGAACUUUUUCAUUCUCUCGAUUCAUUAACGUGUCACCUAUGGAAUUGAAUAGUAUAUUUAUUUCUGGAGUUUUAUUCAGAUUAUUCAAUGCUUGGCAGCUGUCAAAAAUGAAGAACAUGAAGCGUUACUGGGAAGAUUGGUUGGAAGAUCCAAGCUCUAUACCUCCUAACAUUUUGUGGCUUUUAACAGAGAAACUCAAUAUUUCUUCUGAAAUGAGCAGUGACUUGAUAUUUACGAGAGAAAUGACGUCUGGCAACUCUGUAUAUACUCAUGUCACUCAUUCAAUUCAUUCAAUGCCAGAGACAGUCUCCCAUAGGAUACUUCGUAGUAGCAAGAAAGCGAAUCAACCGAUAAAACAUCAAAAAUUGAUUGUAAAAGUUGAGCAAGGUGAAGAUAUGAAAAUUCCAUUGUUGCCUGAACACCCACAUACUCCUAGACCACAGAUUUUAAGGCAUUGUCAAAAGACGAUGAUGCCUCGUUUUCUUUCUGAUACGAUUCCUAAGGUGAUAGCCAGUUCCAGAAAAAUAUACAUUAGCCAUUGUACGGCUGCACGAGCACAGAAAAGACAGGAAGAUUGCGGAGAUGCAUUUAAUCAAAGACUUCUAUGGCUUGGCUGCGAAUUAGCUGAAAAUAUACCAAGUCACGUGCACGCACGAUCUGUCCUUCCGACGCAAUUUUCUUACCAACAAAUUGGAGGUUUAACAGCCUGCAAGCCUUCGAAGGGGUGGUCUAACAUUUUGGUACCAGAUAAACAGACGCUAGUGACGGACGCCGGGAAACUGUCCGUGUUGGAUAAUCUUCUCAAACGGCUCAAAGAGCAGGGCCACCGUGUUUUAAUUUACUCCCAGAUGACGAAAAUGAUAGACUUGCUAGAGGAGUACAUGUACUAUCGAAAAUUCACGUUCAUGAGGUUGGAUGGUUCCUCCAAAAUUUCGGAUCGCCGAGAUAUGGUUGCAGAUUUCCAGAAAAGGGCGGAUAUAUUUGUCUUUCUGCUGAGCACGAGAGCUGGAGGCUUGGGAAUCAACCUCACUGCCGCCGACACGGUAAUAUUCUACGACAGCGACUGGAAUCCGACCGUAGACCAACAGGCGAUGGACCGAGCCCAUCGAUUGGGCCAGACGAAGCAGGUGACGGUCUACCGACUGAUCUGCAAAGGCACCAUAGAGGAGCGCAUCCUGCAACGAGCCCGUGAAAAGAGCGAGAUACAGCGCAUGGUUAUUAGCGGAGGCAAUUUCAAGCCGGAUACGCUAAAACCGAAGGAGGUGGUUUCCCUGCUGCUCGACGACGAGGAGCUCGAGGCGAGAUACAGCCAACGGAGCGAGGAGAGAAAGCAGCACGCCGAGGAGUCCCGAGCCAAGGCGAGCACCGAGGCGAGCCUACACCACAAGGAGAGGGACCGGAAGAGGAAGCAAACCGCGCUUCCGGUCAAGAAUGAUGCGAAGAAACUUUGCGUUGACGAGAUCGACGCCGGGCUUGACAGUUCGCAUGACGUUUCGAUGCAGUCCACGAAUUUUCAGCAUCACUCCAGCAAUCACCAAAACUCGUUGGCGAACGACGAUUUCGCCGGGCUGCAGUCGUCGUCGGGCCUCCAUAGCUCAAAAUCCGAGGACGAAACGAGUAACGAAGCCCUCAUCGUAGACGUGGACGGCCCGGUCUCCUCGGACCCCCACCGCCAGCGGCACUUUGCCUUCGGGGACUCCCGGAUGCGGUCGUCGAUGCGUGGCUCGAGCAAACGUGGCAGGCCGCGUGGCUCUCGCCGAGGUGGGCCCAUCGGCGGGAAGGCGCGGAGCAUGAUGCUCUUGCACCCGACCAACGCCACCAAGGCUUUGCCCACGAGCACCGCGAGCUCCUCCUUUACGGAGACGACGACCACCUCGAGCUUCCCGGCUACAUCGAACUCACCAGACUCCAAGAUCGGAGUCGUAUCGGAUUCGUCGACGAGCAGUCCAGAAAAACCACAGCCAGCGGUGGUCCAGCAGGUGGUGCAUCGAUCUCCGCAACAACAUCAGCACCACAAGCACCCACAUCAUCAUCAGCAGCAGCAGCAGCAGCAGCAACAGCACCACAACCACAGCAACCAUCACCACCAUCACCAUAACCGUCAUCACCACUACUCGCAGAUGACGGUGGGUAGCUCGUCGGGCAAGUCGAUGUCGGGCACGAGGCGAGGCCCGGGAAGGCCGAGGCUCAAGCCCAAUGGGCCCGGGCAUCACUCGUCGCAUCACUCGUCGCAUCACUCGCACCACCAGAAGAAGACGCCCAUGGCUCUGCCGGUGCCCAUUCGGGUGCACCCGAAGCCCGGUGACGCCAAUCAGCCAAGUUUGAGCUCGGCCAAGGCUUCUAAUGAGUCCCAGCCGUUCGGCUUCUACACCCAGCAGGUGCAACCCGGCGGCACCUAACCUUUCCUCGCCUCUUUGUUUCGUUCGAUGUUUGGGUUCUACGAGAGAAACUUUUUCUUUUCUUUCUAAAAUCCAAAGUUAUACGAUGAUCAAAGAAUUAUUUUUCUUCAAGUGAUCAGCGGCGAGAUCAAACGAAAGUUUAACUAUUUGUGAUUGCCCGCGGCGACCUUUUUAUUCCUGGGUCCCGUUCAAGAGUCGUUCACCAAUUGAGGGAAAAAAAUAAAUGGUUUUCUUUUUUUGGUUCAUUUUCCGUUAAUUUAUUUACUUACCCGAACGAGUAUAAUAAUCUGCCUCGAACCCUCAUGCGCGGGCAGAUGAUUAUGACGACGAAAUAGAUACGAAUUAGUGAUAUGCUCAAUUAAAGGGCUCCGUACUCGGUCGCGCGUCAAUUCUCCUCAUUUCCUGUUUGGUCACCACACCCCCUCAUCUCUUAUUUACGUAUUUUAGUUGAUUUUUUUUUUUCCUUUCAAGGUACCGCAUGCCAAAAACUCCUCGAUUACUCGAACAAAACGUAGCAAUAAAGUAUGUCUCGUGUAUAUAUAAUGUACUAUGACGUGGACGUAAUUUAUAUACCAGUACAAAUUAAAACUGUCGUUAAUCAUUACUUGUUUCAUUGUUUUUUUUUUUUUUUUUUCUGUAUCUACAAAUUUCACGAGCUAUCUGGUAACAAUCGCGAUUAGAAUUGAACUUAAUUUAAUUUAAUUUAAUUUAAUUUUUUAUCAAAAAUUAGACAGUCCUUGUUUAUUAUUAACCAUUGAAAUCAUCAUUGACUUUGAAAAAUCAAACAGUUUCCAAGUGUACAUAAUGAUAUAUACAUACGUAAUCAAGUGAUGUUGAUAAUUCGAUGUUCCGCGCUGUAAA